CUCGCUAAAACCCAAGUCGUGUUCUCUAUCUCUCCAAUUCCUCUGAACUCUGAAGCAAAUCUUUUUAAUUAAAACUUCCUCGCGUACGUGGUUACGUUUUCCAAUCGUUAAAUCAAAGAAGAUGGGAGGCGUAGAAGAUAACCAAUGGUUUGAUAAGUUUAUGGAUGAAAUCGGAUUGGUAUUUACCAAGGUUGACGAAUCGAUACAAAAGAGUAUUGAACUCUGGACAGAGUUAACCAAAGACAUAUUUGACGACCAGCCUAACCAAGGCCUGACCGGACAGCCAGACAAUGGUGAAUCUGGUGAAGAAAAUUCCUCUCAAUAUCCUGUCGCUGAGGUCAAAGAAAGACCGAUUCAACACUGGUCUAUGUGCCUUUCCGAGGUCAAAGAAAAACCGAGCCAACACUGGACUAUGCGUGAUUCGAAAAUUCCAGAGAGUUUCAUUCAAGAACAAGGUGAUGAUGAUGAUGCUAUUGAUGAUAAUGAUUAUGAUCACGAUGAUGAUGAUUAUGAUGAAGAAGAUAGUGAAUCGAGUUUGAAGUGGAACGUUGACUACCAGCUGUGGAGUGGUUACUUGUCUUUCGAGGAAGAAGAUGAUGAUUCAUGGAAUGAGGAUUUUGAUGAUGAAGAUGAAGAAGAGGAUACUACAGUUUCUAAAUCUUCCGAAAACAUGUUGGACCUUAAUUUGGGGGGCUCGGCGACGAGCAAUAUCACUAGUUCGUACCAUCAUCGUAAUGAAGAAGAUAAUGAUUCAUGGAAUGAGGAUUUUGAUGAUGAAGAUGAAGAAGAGGAUACUACAGUUUCUAAAUCUUCCAGAAACAUGUUGGAGCUUGAUUUGGGGGCCUCAGCGACGAGCUAUAUCCCUAGUUCGUACCAUCAUCAUAAUGAAAAAGAUAGUGUUUCAAGUUUGAAGUGGAAUGGUGGUUAUCAGCAGUUAAAGAAUGUUGACACGUCUUCCGAAGAAGAUGAAGAAUCAUGGGAUGAGGAGGAUGAUGAAGUUGGAGAGUAUCACUCCGAAGAAGUGAUGGAGAUGUCGCGAGAGCAAAGAAUGAGCGAGCUAAUUAACGAAUCAUUAGUGGUUCAUGACGAUGAAGAUGACGUGUCGGACACGUUACAAGGAUUUGUGGAUGUGAGGCAAGAGCUGAUUGCGAAUAAUACGGAAUUUGGUGAGGUCGAGGCCCUUUUACCAGAAGGUGAUUGGGUUUACGUUAGGAGGGGUUAGGGCUCUGAUUUUUUGUGUGACUUCAUUUGAGUUUAUACUUUAUAUCGGCUUCUAUGAUAUUUCUUUGUGUAGAAAUUAGAGAUUUUUAGGGAGUUUUUCGGUCGAGUGUUUCAUUCGUUUUU